CCUGGGGAAACAACGUCUGUAUUUAGAGUUAAUAGGGAUGAGAGAUUACACUUAAUAUGAUAUUUUACACUUCAUUAAUGGUAGAUUUUGUCGCUGCAAUGUCCAGCAGAAAACCCUCCCACCACUUGCCUCGUCCAAGCGUCUGCAAAACGUCUACCUGGUCUCCGCUGCCGUUGGUGAACGGCCUCAAAAGGGGGCAGCCUUUCCCCCCUACAACGACAGCCAACGGCGCAUGAAGCACAUGCAGCCACUCAGCAGGACAAGAAGCACUUUGUUCCACAGAUACAGAGAGGGGGACGUUCAGAGAGGAGGAGGGAGUGGGGGAGAGAGAGAGAGAUAGAGAGAGAGAGAGAGAGAGAGACUCAAUGGUUUGCGAGCAGCCAACACUUGCACGGCCCCAAAAUCCCACCCGCUAACACAAGGAGAAAGGAGAGGAAAGGAGGGGGGGGGGGGGGUAGCUGUUUGCGGAGAACGGACAGACAUACUGUGAACUGUUAGAGACCGAAAAAAGGGAUGAGUUUGCUUUUGAGACAGGCCAGAGAUUUCUCACUAGACCGGUGGUGGCGAGGUGGAUGACUGCGAGGGACACGGAGGGGAUGCAGAGGAGGUCGGUGAUGCAGCAAGACGAAUGCAGAGGAUUCCAGCAACCCAAAGCAGACAUCGUGUUUAGGUUCAUGUAGCCUAUGUGGCGCACGGAUAACGGCAUAGGCUUCGAAGCAUAAUCAGGCAUUGAUUUCAGAAGCGGCUGUGCGCAAUAUUAAGGAAUUAAGCGCGCGGAAGAAUCGGGGUUAAACAUCCGCAUUUCCAUUCAUUGUCCACCCCUCAAAAUGAGACAGUAUGACGUUCAAUCUGAAAAUAGAAGCUCGCUAACGGAGAGGCCACUUCACAACGAAGCCAGUGGCGUUUUUCACCAGAUUUAAUUCAUUUGAAUGGGCCGAUUGUGGUUCGGGCACACACAGGAAAGAUGUUGGUGAAAUGCCACAAGAGCAAGCUCUCGGUUUGGGUCGCUCUGUGUGUACUUGUGCUCUGCUGGCUAUACAUUUUCCCGGUCUAUAGACUCCCCGGUGAUAAAGAGAUUGUGGACGAGGUUUUGCGACAGGGACAAGAAUGGCAGAAGAACCAGACAGGCAUAGAUCUGUACAGGAAGCUACUGACUGAAUGUUGUGAGCCAAGAAGGAUGUUUGCCGUGACCAAAGAGAACUCUCCCAUGGGUAAAGUGCUGUGGUUUGAUGGGGAGCUGUACCACUCACACACCGUCAACAACGAAACCUACCCUCUCUUUGUACAGCGGACACCUCUGCCGCUGCCCCUGAAGAAGUGUGCCGUGGUCGGGAACGGAGGCGUCCUGAAACACAGCAGCUGCGGACGCGACAUUGACCAGGCUGACUUUGUCUUUCGGUGUAACCUUCCUCCUCUUUCCAGCCAGUACCUGGCCGAUGUGGGGACCAAGACCCACCUGGUUACAGCCAACCCCAGCAUCAUUGAGAAGAGAUUCCAGAACCUUCUGUGGUCACGCAAAGCCUUCGUAGAGAGCAUGAAGGUAUACGGCUCCAGCUACGUCUACAUGCCAGCCUUCUCCAUGAAACCAGGGACCGAACCCUCUGUGCGGGCCUACUACGCCCUGGCGGACACCUCCUCCACCCUCAGCAUGCUCUUCGCCAACCCCGAGUUCCUCCGGAGCGUGGGAAAGUUCUGGAAGGCUCGUGGCGUCCACGCCAAACGUCUGUCGACCGGCCUCUUCCUGGUCAGCCUGGCUCUGGGGCUCUGUGAGGAAGUGACAGCUUACGGAUUCUGGCCUUACUCCGUGGGAUUGGACAAACAGCCUGUCAGUCACCAUUACUACGACAACGUCCUGCCCUUCAGCGGGUUCCACGCCAUGCCCGAGGAGUUUGUUCAGCUCUGGCAGCUCCACAAGAGCGGCACGCUCCGCAUGCGUUUGGGACGCUGCCCCCAUCAGGACGGGGGGAGUUAAGACAGGAGAACGGAUAUGAGGUUCAGGGCUACGAGAGAGAAAGAGGAGUUCUGCUUUAGGGUUCAUCUGUUGGUUCAUACACAACACACACCUCCCUGGAGACCUGGCUUUACCACCCCUCCCUCCCCUUCCCAGUACCCCACCCCCAUCUUGUGAUCCCCCACCACCCCACCCCCCACCACCUCUCUCCUUGCUUAGCAUUAGAAUGACUCCCCAUUCCAACCCCCUAUCCCUGACAAUAGACAUCCUCUCCCAUCCCCCUAAACACUUUCAGUGAAUUUCUAAUGAAAGUCUGUGGGCGUGCUUAUGCGUGUGUGUGUCUGUUUGUGUGUGAAUGCGUGUGUGUGUGUCUGUUUGUGUGUGAAUGUGUGUGUGUGUCUGUGGGCUGUUCAGAUGGGCUCUUCCUCAUGCUCCAUACUGUAUGAGGGCAGAUGGAGCAGAUGGACCAAUGCCCCUACUGAGUCCAGACAGAAAUACUGAACCAAAAGGCAACGCUUACAUUGAAGCUUGAACAGACGCUUGAACCACUGAACUAAAAAGAGAUAAAAGGAGGGAGGGCAAACAUUUUGGAGAAGGUGCCUUGGUACUUUGCUUGUACGGAAGGAUUUUUGUUAUUGAAAUGUUCAAAGGACAUCAAGAAGCCAUCAGUUGUUUUGCUUUACUGCUGUAGAUCGUGUAGUCUUAACCUUCUGAACAAAAGCUUCUAGAAUGUUCCACUGUACAGCCAAGCUGAAACACCACAACCUUGUUCAUCCAAAGGGAAAAUAUCGGUUGUCCCUGUAAGUGAUUUUUAACACACAAAUGUUGAUCCGAGUACUUGUAUUUAAUUAUAUUCACAAACUCAAAACAAAAUAGGAGCAUCAUAAAUGACCAUCACAUGCUGUAUUUAUCAGCAGACGCUGGCCUACAAAUGAUCAAUUUAUUGCACGAAUGCCUAAUGGUACGAUCCAAUGGCAAUUGAAAUAAAACUGGGAGAUACCAUAUCAUACUUGAUAUGGGGAGAUUGAAUCAUCCAUCAAGUUGCCAGUGAAGUGAACAAGGGACUCUUGUGACAUUUUUGUGAUUUUGUGAGAAAGCACUUGCAUUCUUAAGUAGCUUGGAGAGAAAAUGAGAAAGUCUUUAAUUAAGUUGAAGUGGCAUUUUGUUUCCUUUUAAGGUGCUGGACACCUGCCCAUAUCUAACUGUGUUCGACUUAAAGAUCCCAUGACAUGCUGUUUUUGGAUGCUUUUAUAUAGGCCUUAGUGGUCCCCUAAUACUGUCUCUUUCCCAAAAUUCAGCCUUGGUGCAGAAUUAUAGCCACUACGAGCAGUCCCACAAUGAGCUUUCCUCAGGGCGUGCCGUUUCUGUGUCUGCAGUUUUAAAUGCUAUGAGGAAGAACGAGGCGGGGCUAACUGCCAUCCUUGGGUCGUUUGCAAGCCAUGAUGUCUCGAGGAAAAACCAAUGUCGCACUCGCACGGUCGCAGCUCAUUUUUUCAUCGGUGGGCCAAAUUCUCUGCAAAGAAGAGAAAAGGGAGGUAACCUUCCCUAUUGUGACGUCACAAUAGGAACAUUUUCACAAAGAUGGAAAAUAAUACCCAGGGCUUGGUUUACACCUAUCGAAAUUCCUAGCCACUAGGGGACCAAAGGCAGACUAGGGGAACUCAUAUUAAUGUUAAAUAACCUCCUAAAGGGAAUAUUUCAUGUCAUGGGACCUUUAAUCUUGAUCAACUUUGAUUUUUUUUGUGUUUGAAUGUUAGGACAACGACUGAGCCUACUUUUCCUGCAUUCUUUAAUGAUCUGUGUUGAGUUUUUCAGUGUACUAUAUGCUUAAAAGGGAAGUAAGAUGUGGCUCCACCAGGAUCUAGUUAUUCUGUCAUUAGUAUUAAGUUGGAAGACAAUUAUAGUACUUACUGAUUUGUUGUCAUUACAUUCCUACCAGAUAAAUAGAUUGUGGGAAUGGCAGACUGUUGUUGUGCAAAUGCACAGUGCCAUAGCUUAAAAAACAGGUCAGUCCAUCUGCAUGGAUGGUGCAUGCACAUCCUGCAAACCUUUACUCAAUGUUCCAACUAUACAAGUCAAAUGCAUCAUCAAUGUCAUAUCUAUAUUACCAAUAAAAAAUAGGGUUUAGUGCCUUUAGUAGCACCAAGGCAAAGGGAACAAAACCAUUUCAUAAUGUGAAAUUUUUGUACAGUUAAAAUAUAAAUAAAAACUGAGCUGAUGACGUGAAAAUAACCCCUUGACCUCAACAGAGAACCAUGUGUCCUAGGAUUCAUCGUUUUCUUAAGUCUUAGACUGAUCUAGUCAGACCAAGUUCAGUUAUCGAAACCCAAUGAUCCAGUUGAGAACUUGCCCCACUUAAAGCAAAUCUGAAUAUUUCCUAUUCAGAAAUCGAAGUGAUUAUGUAAACAAAUGUGAUUUCUUUGAUUUUAUUCUUUGCACCUUUGAUUUACUUGCCAAGUAUUGUGAAUGACUGACAUGUAUUUUAAAUUGCUGUAAGCAUGGCUGUUGUAUUUUUAGUUAGUUUGUUUAGUUAGUUUAGUUAGUUUUUAAAGCUAACUUCGAAUCUCCUUUCCCACAGAGUCCCUACUGUUUUCAACUUAUACGCUGUUUAAGCCAUAUUAGGUUGUACAACCUGAAUGAAGCAGUUAAAACAGUGAAAACUCAGUACCAACAAGGUAGACUCCACAUCUUGACAUCAUCAUACCCCAACUUCCUGCACCGGGAAAGUGAACUGACUGGCAAAAACAAGUAAACAAACGCUGCCACUUGUCUCUGUAGUUUUUGGACACUUAAUCAGGAAGUCAACCAGUUGUGUCUGAUGAUGUCACAUCGCAGUCAACCUUUAAUUCCUUUAACCUGCAAUUGCUGGCAAAUUCUUUACCAGGCGGCCGGCGAUGUAAACAAAUGUAAAAAGUGGGCUGUUUUAUUAUCUGUGGGAUAAUAAGCCCUUUUAUUCUGUGGCACGAAUGAAAGGAUGAAUUAGAUGUUCUCUGAUGAAAGGAUGAAUUAGAUGUUCUCUGAGGGGCUGUGCAUAGUUACCACUUUCCUACGCAUAUUUAAAUGUCAAUUAAGAUGUACUUUGUUAUAUGCCAUGCUUGGUUACUUUUGACAUCUAUUUGUGUGUUUUAUUUGCCUCGUGGACUCUAUUUGUGUUUUAUUUGCCUUGUGGACUUUAAGAAAACAAUUGAAUUUUCUUUGUCAUGUUUGACAGCAGUGUCAAUGUGCACCUACCUUCCUGUGAAUCACAUCUUGUAUUUGGGGGAUAUCCCUGCCUGAGCAUGUUCAAAGUACUUAUUUUUUAUGCCAACUGAACAAAUAAUGCAUCUAAAAACAGGGCAAACACUGGUAUUCAAAUAAAGGAGGUGAACACAGAAUGUGAAAA